AUUUCAAGAGGCUAUCCAUCCCGCGCAACACUCUCUCGCUGUCCGUUCAAUUGCGAUCACGUCGCCAUAUCCACUUUGACAAGCGGUCCGAAGCCAAUUGGCAUAUUAUCACAGUCCCUGCGCCAACGAACGAAACUACACGUCGACAUUCCCAAUGGCUUCCACCGGUGUUAACGUUCUCCGAUACUCGGCUCUUGGUGCCGGUGUCUUCUACGGUCUCUACCACCAGGCUACUCUCUCUGCCUCCGCAAAGCUCAACGCUGCCAACCGUGAGUACGAGCGCAAGCAGGGCCUGAUCGACAGGGCGAAGAAGGAAUACGUCAAGAAGACCGCUCCUCCGGCGGCUGAUGGUGUUAUCCGUGACCCCGAGGACAAGAACUUCGACUUAGAGAAAUACCUGAACGCCGAAUUCGGUUCCAAAUAGAGGAUCUGAACUGUUAUGAUGAUGCGGAGAUUGGGCAGAGGAAGAGGAAGAUGAUCGAAGACAUGGUUACUCCUGGACAGAUGAAGGAUGGGGGAUGGGCCGGCAGGAUUUAGAAUGGCAAGCCGUAAAAUGGUUUAGACGUCGGUUUAGCAUACUUCCUGUACAUUGUAUUGUACUAUAUUCCCAAACUAUUCAAGUGGUAUAUCUGAUUGCAAAGGGUGUGAGAGUCUGAGCUGCGAAUGGAGAGUUGGAAGAGCCUGUUUGGUCGCUGUUAAAGGACACCAAUUGUUAGAAUCGCCACUCCAGUGCCUAUAACUACACAAAUCUUAUAAUAAAAUCAAUUGACUUAUCC